CUUUGAGGCCCGGGACACUGCGCAUUGGGUAAUUUGUACUGAAAAUUCAAUUUGUAUUUUUAUUUUUCUGGCAAAAUUAUUUUUAUAUUGCUUUAUUAUGGAAUCCUAGGUGUAAAAAGCAUUAAAUAAUGGGAGCUUCAUUAUCUCAACUGGAGCGAGAUAUCGGCUCUGAACAGUUUCCACCAAAUGAACACUACUUUGGACUAGUUAAUUUUGGUAAUACGUGUUACAGCAAUUCAGUAUUACAAGCACUUUAUUUUUGUAAGCCAUUCCGAGAAAAGGUAUUAGAGUAUAAGGCCAAGAACAAAAGGACGAAGGAGACCUUGUUGUCGUGUCUGGCCGAUUUAUUCUACAGCAUCGCCACGCAAAAGAAGAAAGUUGGUUCGAUUGCACCCAAAAAAUUUAUCGCUCGUUUGAGGAAGGAGAAAGAAGAAUUUGACAACUAUAUGCAACAAGAUGCCCACGAAUUCUUAAAUUUUCUUAUAAACCACAUAAACGAAAUUAUUCUGGCUGAACGAAAUCAGGGAAAAAAUGUCAAAUCCACUGGAAGUGAUCAGAGUCCCACUUGGGUACAUGAGAUCUUUCAAGGAAUAUUAACGAGUGAAACUCGCUGCCUGUGCUGCGAAACAGUGAGCAGCAAGGACGAGCACUUUUUCGAUUUACAAGUGGACGUCGAUCAGAACACUAGUAUCACGUACUGCCUGCGAUGCUUCAGCAAUACGGAGACGCUAAGUAACGAAAACAAGUUCAAAUGUGAUAAUUGUUGUAGUUAUCAGGAAGCCCAGAAACGGAUGAGGGUCAAAAAGUCCCCAAUCAUUCUGGCAUUGCAUUUAAAGAGAUUCAAAUACAUGGAACAGUUCAACAGGCACAUCAAAGUGUCACAUCGAGUAGUAUUCCCAUUAGAGUUGAGACUUUUCAAUACGUCGGAUGACGCUGUUAAUCCUGAUCGUCUGUACGAUUUGAUGGCAGUUGUUAUCCAUUGCGGAUCCGGCCCCAAUAGAGGACAUUACAUUUCGAUAGUUAAGAGUCACAAAUUUUGGCUGCUAUUUGACGAUGAUAUGGUGGACAAGAUUGAGGCAUCCACCAUCGAGGACUUUUACGGCUUGACGUCCGACAUCCAAAAAUCCUCGGAGACGGGAUAUAUUUUAUUUUAUCAGUCACGCGAUAGUUUUGACAAGAAUUAUAAUUGUUAGUUAUAUUUAUUAUUUGACCUAUUCUCUAGACUAGAUACGUUAAACUUCUAUUUAUAGUGCAUUUAGGUAUCUGAUGAAAAUUUUAGAUGCUCUAAAAUAAAAUUACUUCAUA